GCAGCACCGAGCGUUCCUUGACAGUGACGAAACAGGAAGUCGGGAAAAGGGAAAACCAAACCAGGAAGUGGAAAGAAAGCAGAAAAGUUACUAAAGGUUCUAUGUAAAUAAAGUGAAAUUAUGAGCCGCAUUUACCACGACACGUCUCUACAGAACAAACCGGUCCACAACGAAAACUUUGACAACGCGUGGUCUCCUGCCAAACACCAGAGUGGGCCGGGACUCCUGCUGGAAGGAAAAGUCCUGGACUUUUCCAGACACCAGAUCACCGACAUCAAUCAUCAGAAGGUCCGGUUCUAUGUGCUCUAUGUCCAACCCUCACGUAUCCACAGGAGAAAGUUUGACUCCAGCGGUAAUGAGGUGGAACCAAACUUUAGCGACAGCAGGAAGGUGAACACUGGCUUCCUGAUGUCUUCCUACAAGGUUGAAGCUAAAGGUGAGUCUGACCGUCUGACCCAUGAGGAGCUAUCGGCCAUAGUCAACAAGGACGAGCUAGUGAAAAUAACCGACAGGCACCGACCCAUGAAUUCCUGGGCCUUCUGGUACCCAGAGACGGAGAUGGAAAAGACUGAGCUGGAGAUGGGACAGGAAGUCCGACUGAGAACCAGAGGGAACGGUCCCUUUAUAUUCUCCGUAGCUAAACUAGACCAUGGCUCAGUUAGUAGGUGUAACUUUGCUGGAGAUGAAAAGGCUGGAGGAUCGUGGACGGACAAGAUCAUGGCCAGGAAGGAGGAGACAGCAGGAGGAGGAGGAGCAGGAGGUGAAGGAGCAGAGGAGGAUGAAUGGGAGGACUGAGUCCACUUCACCUUCCCCUGGAUCUCCACCUGGUCUUCAGCUAUCUUGACCUUUGCCCAUCGACCCUGACCUUGAGGUGACAGUUGAGUUUGAGAGACUGCAGCUCAGAUACUUGGACCAAAUCUCAUAGAGAAAAUCAGUGAUUUUAAGACAGAGAAAAACAUCUCACACAGAAAAUGGUAACGUUCUCAAACACUGCCGUUAAUAUCCAGAUCAGGAUCUGUUUUCUUAUUUGUUUUUGUCAAAGUUCUAAUGCUUUAAAUAAAAUUCUGUUUUUUUUAAAUAAUCUGUUUAAACCUGAAAUGUUCAGAACAAAAUAAACAGUUUGCCAACAAUUACUAUUACGUAAUCUUGCUUUUUUAUAAAAAACUAGUCAAAAGUCUGGAAUAA